GCAUAGUUUCCCUUGAAUGGAUAUUUAGUCAUCCCUAUAUUCUGGGCAGCUGGGUGACGUUGCAGCACUUUCUUUGCAGAGAUGCUGGAUGGCCAGGAGACUGAAGCUGGCAUGCGUGACUCUGCCAUGGCUUCACCUCCUGCACGGGCAAAAAACAGGAAGGCGCUAACCCCAGAGGAGUUCCAGCAUGAAGUACUCGUGAAGCUGACAGUGCUGCGAAUGGUUCAAAAGCAGCAUGGGGAACUUAUACAUGGGCUGAUCGGCCGGCUUCGGUCCAAUGCUGCCAAAGGAAAUGCACCUUUAGUUUCCAGCCCGUUCUCGGAGUACGAGUCACUGAAACAGUUCGAUAACAAGUUGACUGGCCAGAUGAAAGAUGUGCUUGUGGAAGAGCUUGCCAACAAAGGUGGAAUCAAUGCUGCUGCGUGCACAAAAAGAAUUCUUUGCUACCUGCUCUGUGACAAUCUUGCAGCGGAAUUCUCAUGGCUUGGAAAAAAAGGAAAGCGUAGAUUCAGCGAGCUCCGUCUUGCCUCUUGCAUAAUAAGUGCUGUGCAAAAGGUUCACGCUGCAAAUGAAUUUGCCAUAGAGGCAGCCAUUCGAGAAUGGCUGCGUCAUGCCCCAGCAAGGCACAGGAAUGCAGCAAGAGGAUCAAGUGGUUGUGAUGAGUAGCCAUGCAGCAUGAUGAAGCCUUAAAGGGGAACUUCGUUGAAGACUUUUGUUCAGCAAUUUUUCAUUCACAUCACUUCGAAGCGUUCAAGGCGAACUUCAUUGAAGACUUUUGUUCAGUAAUUUUUCAUUCACAUAACUUUGAAGCUUUCAAGGCGAACUUUGUUGAAGACUUGUUCAGUAAUUUUUCAUUCACAUAACUUCGAAGCCUUCAAAGUGAACUUCGUUGAAGACUUCUGUUCAGUAAUAAUUUAUUCCCAUAACUUCACUUACAUUACCCUUACAUUCAAAGACUGAUUUCAUUUUAUGUUCAAUAAAUGUGUUUGAAAACAAUGUGCUGUCUGCUGCAAUAAAUCUCUCAGGUCUUGGACUCAGCAUAAACAUGCAGGUUAGACGGCAGCUUGUGCUUGAUGAUAAUGCCAGGCUGGUUGGGGUUUUCUUUACCAAACAUUGCUAAAAUUUUGUGAAUGAGAACUUUUUUUCUAUGCACUUCCUCAGGCUUGCUGCAUGUAUAGUUUUGUGUGCUAGAGACCUGCGCUCCCACUGCAGUCUGGCUCUUAGCUGGUGUGCUAUACUUAUAG